GCAGCGCCACAGCGGCGACGCGGCGACACUCAGUACUCAGUAGCGGGCCCGACAGCGCGCCGAACACACGCGACUCCACUCGACGCAGCGCGCAGCCAAUCACCUGACGAGACCGCCCGACGCUCCGUCCGCCACCGCCACCGCCCCCGCCCGCACAGACGACACCGACCGACGCAACGCCGGCGGCGCACACACGAACAUCCGACAGACGCCCUAGCGGGACGACGCCAGAUCCCGACGACAACAGUCACCUCUGCUGAAAGGGAGCACGCCGAGCACUGACCGCCAGCCCGGCCUAGAAUGGUAGAGACUGACCCGCCAAAGGACCACUCCAAUGAUGUGAAGGACGAUCGUGCAAACGGCUGCUCAAAAGAUAUUGAACUUGGAGGCCUGGGAACUAAGGCUGACCAAGAAAAGACAAAGAGCAGCACAGAGAAGGCAGACUUUGAGACAGCAAUAGAACUAACAGGUUACGGAAAGUUCCACUACCUCCUCCUGACAGUUUGCGGAUUUGUUAGCACUAGUGAGGAAAUGGAUGUCAUCUCCAUGUCUUUCAUUCUCCCAUCAGCACAAUGUGAUCUCAAUCUCAACACACAGACUAAAGGAUGGCUCAACAGCAUAAUAUUCAUAGGUAUGAUGGCUGGCGCUUAUGUAUGGGGAUCAGCAGCUGACUCACUGGGAAGGAAAAAAGUUCUCAUUGUCAUAUCUGUGAUGAAUGCGCUGUGUAUAGUUGCAUCAAGCUUCUGCCAAGACUAUAUAUUUUUCAUGCUGUUCCGGUUUCUCAAUGGUGCUGCACUGGGCGGAAGUGGACCUGUCAUUUGGUCUUACUUUGCAGAAUUUCAGCCCAAGGCUAAAAGAGGUUCUAUGCUUAGCUUCAUGGCAGCUUUCUGGACACUGGGAAACUUGUUCGUUGCAUGUCUCGCCUGGCUCAUUAUACCAUCCGGAAUAGGUUAUUACUCAACCUCAUUUACAUACAACUCGUGGCGCAUCUUUCUCCUCAUGUGUGCACUACCAAGUUUCAUUGUUGCUGUAUUGCUUGUCUUUCUGCCAGAGAGCCCCAAGUUUCUCAUAAUGAGAGGCAAGAAAGAUAAAGCACUCAACAUUUUCCAGCGCAUCUACCAGAUCAACACAGGGAAACCAGCUGAUACUUACCAGGUUAAAGAACUAAUUGUUGACCUUCCUAAAUACGAUCCAGAGAAGAGAAAGGAGAAAAAACUACUGGCAUGUUGGAAAGUUAGAGAGAUGCUUAGUGAUAUCAUGAGCAACAGCAAACAUUUGUUCAUGCCACCUAUAUUAAAAUUUACUCUCAUUUCAAUAACAAUAAACUUCACAUUCCAUAUAGGGUACUAUGGUCUCAUGAUGUGGUUUCCUGAACUCUUCAACCGCUUUGAUGAAUAUGGGCGCAUGCAUCCUGGACAGUCAGCAUCUGUGUGUGAAGUGACGGAUUUUGUAGUGAAGUAUGGUUCACAUUCAGAUGAGAAUGUAUGCAGUGAUAAAAUUGAGAGCCAAGUCUUCAUGGAAUCAUUGAUCACAGUUGCUUCUGCCAUACCCAGUAAUAUCAUUGCUGUUCUUGGCAUGGAUCAUUUGGGCCGUAAAUUCUUCCUAGUUUUCAGUACAUUCACAUCAGGCUUAUGUGCAGUUGGAAUGUACUUUGUAUACAAUUCCAAGCAAAACUUAGCAGUGUCUGCUGUGUUUAGUGGUGUUAUAAGCUGUGGAAAUGCAGCCCUUGACUGUCUCAUCACAGAAAUUUUUCCGACACACCUCAGAGCCACAGGUGUUGCUGUAUCUAUGGUGGCAGCUAGGUUAGGUGGAAUAAUAGGAAACAUUGUAAUUGCACAGCUGCUGGACCUAUACUGUCCGGCACCAACCUUCAUUGUUGCAUGCCUUCUAAUCGGAGGGGGGCUCCUGUGUCUACUUCUGCCAAACACAACAAGGGAACCUUUGUCUUGACACUUGCUUGCGAUGACAGAGCUUAUCAACUACUAUGUGCAUUUGCACAAACUUGCCAUAAAACUGAGAGACCAAUUUCAGCAUUAUUUGACUUGGAUACGGCAUUGCUUCUUUUACACCUUGAAGCAUGCAGCCAUUGUUAUAGUUCUCUCUACUUAACCACUCAUGCAGAGUUGACUGUUGGUAAUGAAACUGUAAAUACCAGAUAUUUUUCAAACAAAUGUAAAAUAUGUAGAUUUUAGAUGUAAUUUGUUAUGUUAAAGGAAAAAAUAUGUGGCUUGGUUUAGCUUUAACAUUAUACAUUUAUUUGCCAAAAGAUGGCAAUUUUUGAUUGACCAGGAUUAAAGGAUGAAAAUUCAAAACACUGUUACAAUAAAAAAAAACACACACACUUCUUUCUGUUUACAAUGCCUGUAAAUUUAUAUCAGUUAGAAAUAAGGUUCUGUGUCUGGUAGACAAUAAGCAUUAGCUAAUAAAAACAGAAAUUCCAAAUGCUCAGGGAAACACUAAAUUUCUCUGUUAUGACAUUUUAACCAAACAGGAGGAUACUACAUUAGAAUAUUGAACACAAAAACAUAUCAUUAUUGCUACUUUCUGUACACACUAUGAUUGUGGAUUGUCUGUACAAAGACUUCUGUAGAAUAAGUAGGAAUAAAUAUUAUUUAUGAUGACAAGUGCAAAAUGUAAAAUCAUGCUCCUCUACAGUGUUGUUUGUAAAUGUUUCACUGCACAGCUACAGUAUUUCUUCCAGAACAUUUUGCAACUCUGUUUCCCCUGUUAAUAACUUCACAAUAUUAGACUAUAAAAUUUAUAGAAAAUAUACCAAAAUUGUUAAGUUUGUAAGUGAAAACAAGUAACUAUUUGUUAUGCCGCUGUGUAAAAUGUAUAUAUUUAUUGUUCGAAAGAAGUGCUGUAAAUAAGUAUAUUACUCCCCAAAAGGUGCUUAGUCAACUGUGAUAAGAUAAAUCUCCAACUUUUUGUAUCUUUCUGUUGUACCAUUUGUUUUCCAAGAGUAUAAUCUAGAUUUUUGUUUGAAUCAAUGUCAUGAAUCAGAUAGAUAUCCAGUUUUAUCUAUUUGAAUACUUUGACUAAUCAGUCCUGUUUUUAAGACUGUGCAAAUUACUACAUAUUAUCAUUCAAUGGCAGCUUUUUAAUUUGAACACUGGUCUGUUAAAAAAAGAAAUAUUGCUAACAAAGUUCAACUCAAUCAUAAACUAGUCAUUUUACAUUAAGUAACUAAUAUCUAUGGAGUGCAUGUGUUAUGAAUUUCUGUGAAUCAUGUUUCCUAAAAUAGUGUUAUAAAAAGACUAUGCACAUUUUGAGUAUUGUAUAUAGCUUGUAAACUGAAUGUAGUAAUAUAAGAAAAUGACUUGCAGUAACCACAAUAG